CUAACGAGUUUGAUGAUAUGUUCUUGGGCACCCCUCCCGCUACCGGCGAAGCUGCGGGAUUCGGGCAUCUCCCUAUCCCUCGGGCCACGAGGUCGGCCAGCCGAUCCUCCGAAUCUGGGGCUAGGGACAGCUUGGUGCGUAUUUUCCCGGCGCCGAGCGUAGAACCGAGGAGAACAAAAUCGGUCGUGGUCACCGUCCCCGAGGACUGCAGCUUCCUUUCUCGCCCGGUGGGCGUAGCGAGCUAUCUGAGGCCUCUUGUCUCGGAUUCAGACAAACGGAAGAUGACCGGGGUCACCUGGCAAUGCCUCAUCAUCGAGGGUAUGCAUGCGGGCAACCGGAGUGUGGUGCUUGUCAACGAGGCCUUCAUCCGCGCCCAGCAAGAGAUGGAUGAUCUUAAGGGCCAAUUGGAUGCCCAGGGCCGGGAAACGGAGAAGUAUCUGCACCUUCUUCGGGAGAAGGAGGAGUAGUUGAGCCGAGCAGUCGCUCUUUCCCAUCUUCAGCCCGAGGUUGACGCAGCGAAGGCCGAGAACAGUCAGCUGAGGAGUGAACUGGUCGCCAUGACCGAAUACAAUCGGAGCCUCGAAGUUGAUAAGAUCGACCUUAGCCGGGAUAACGCUCAAAUUUCCUCGAGGCUCGGUGAGCUUGAGACUACUUUCUCCCAACUCCGGGAGGAGCUAGAUUUGGUGAAGUCAGAUGCUGCGAGCUUGGCCGAGAGGAACCGACUGCUCGAAUCUGAGAGUUCCCGGUGUCAAGAGCGUGCUAGGGUGUUCGAAGAGAAAGCGGAGAGUAGGGCCCGGAUGUGCGAUGAUCUGAAGAACGAACUUAAGGAAACGGCCGAUGCAAAUGACACCCUCCAGGCCGAGCUUCAAUCGGCCAUCCAGAUGCAUAAUGUUCUUGGGGAGGCUCGGGAUGCCUUAGUAGCGAAGUUAGCCCAGGCCGAGGCGGAUUUGGACGAGGUUCUGAAGAGCGUCGAGGCCGCCGAGGCUCAGGCUACUAUUGUUGUUGAGUACGAGAAGUGGAAGUCCCGGAGGAUUACUCUCGAGCAAGCCGAGCAUGGCUUUACCGAUAUUCCGGCCCUUAUUGCCGAGGCUAAAAGGGUCGAAGGAGAGGCUAAGGAUGCUCUCGGUUCCGAAUCCGAUGACUCUGAGCGGACAGAGUCUGAGCGCUCCGGUUCCAGCCAUUCCGAGUAGAUUAGGGCCUGUACUUGGCUUUUAUCUUUAUUUUAUUUUUUGCCUCUGCAGGACUUUGGU